CGGCAUGGGUCGACGAUCAGUGAUUGAAGUGAGCCGGUGACUCCAUUUCGAGCGUGAACCGAUGGGUCGCGGUUCUUGGUCGUAAUCGCCUCGCAGGCGUUCCCGCGUCGUGUCAUUGAGCUAACCAACAAUUGAUCCGUCGCUGGCAAAGCCGCGGUAAAUCGUCUACGAACGAUUCGGAGAUAACGUGGAUAGUGUUGUGACGACGACGUUUCGCGCGUGGUGAAGCCGGGUGGCGCAUGUUGCUCUCCUCGAGAUUCGAUCGGCCGAAAGACAGCUGGGAGAGACUCAUCUGCGAGGGAUGCUUUGAAACCCAGCCACCGUCGCACUGUUCAAGGGUGAAAGGUCAUCUCAGGAAAUCGAGGCAUGCCGAAGUAUUGGCUGAACGUGGCCCUUCUCAGGGUCGUCCUUCCAGUUGUCCUGGCAGGAUGUACAAUAUGGCGACCAGUCGGACUGUCCCUUGUUUAUUUGGGUCUGAUGCUGUACUCGCCACACGUGCCCAUACCGAAUACGAAAACAAUGCAUGGCCACACGGGCCUCUACCUGAAGACUUGCAUCGGCCUAUCUUUCCUCACAGCCAUCAGUCAAUUCACUUUUCACCUAGUUUUACUGGCGCUGCCUACUUACGGCCACUUCCUUCUGAACUGUCAGUUUCUGGAAGUGCUCUUCAGGCACAUAGGUUUUGUACGGCUAGAUAACGCGUCAGUCUGGUCGAUCUUCUUCUGGCUGACGCCAGAGUUAGUUGUUUUACCCGUCACCGUCGCCGUGUAUUUCAUAUGUCGUUUCUUAACACAAAAACCCAUGAACAACGUGGAGGAGGGUGCAUCCCUGCAUCGAGAGACCGUCGCGUCCAAGAAAACCGAGGACAGAACCGCAAAGAUAAUUAACUUCCUAGGACGCAUCGGAACCUACGUAGUGAUGGCGUCGCUCUGUAUCACUGCGUCCUUGAAACCAUCCGUGGAAGGUGGUAUCUAUUUCCUGGUCUUCCUGGGAGCCGCUACGUGGUGGGCGUGCAACAAGGAACUCCGAAAGGGCUUCGCUGUGCUCUGCAAGAUCGUGAUGGUCCUCGUGAUCCUUCAUAUCCUGACUCUGCUCACUUACCAAAAUCAGCUGCCUCAAGAGCUGAUACCCUUGAACAGCACCUGGCAACGUUACUUCGCCUUGACUGCUAUUUAUCACACGAACUGCACCGACCCCAGGGACGUGGAGUACACGCAGGACGCCGAUUGGUUGAUUUACGGCUACUGCUUGAGACUAUUUUGGCUCUACUAUGUUUUGGCGUUGCAGUCGCAGUUCCUGAGCAAAAAGCCGGCGAAGAAAAUGAAACGUUUAAGCGGCAAACUGGAGAAUCUGGACACUCCAUUGUCCAGACACGUUUCCAUCAGACGAAGGACACCUUCUCAGAGAUGGCAAUCGGCGCGACGAAAGGCUCGCUUGAUGAGGUUUGGAUCCGGACGAACGGGGCUUCUUCAGGACUCCACCGGAAGCAUCAUCGUUCAGGACGGUCAUCAAGACGACAGUAUUCAAAUGCAAAGCCUCAACGAAGGUGCUCCGGACGAACAAUCGGGAAUCAUCGAACACAUCAUCAUGGCCGUGUACUCGAUCUUCCAAUUGAUAAUCAAUUCGUCUUAUCUCGCUACGAACAUUAUAAUGAUGACGUGGAGCAUAAUGUAUCAUAGCUGGACAACUUUCGCGCUGUUGUUGUGGGCCUUGGUUCUCUGGAUGGUGCCCAACAAACGCGCCUCUAUGAUGAAGUGUUCGCCUUUCAUCGUGCUCUACGCCACCCUUCUUCUUCUCGGCCAGUACGUUUACAGCAUGGAUCUAACCGACGAGGAACUACCGACGGAAAUAAACGGAAUCAAAAUGUCGGAGAUCGGUUUCAGUAAACCCGACCUGCUCAGUCGCUGGCAUUUAAUAGUCAAAUGUCUGUUUAUAUCGAUGUUCUGGAUAACUAUGCGUCAAUACACUGCCGAGAGGACUCUGCAGAGGCGUUCCUCGGCGUUGAGAGACAUGGUGGCUCCGCUACACGUGUCCGUUUCGACAGCCACCACGGCCAUGAACCACGAGGCGCCAGAAAUUAAGAGCAAGUUCAUGAAAGACGUCGGUAUACUCCUGAAGAAGCUACUGACUAAGUUUUGGAUCGCCGUUGUGGCUAUCAUGCUCUUCAUUUGCGGGAUCACCGGCGAACGUAUGACGGUCUUCAGGAUCGUUUACAUGUCCCUUUUCCUCGUUCUGGUCAUCACGUUCCAGGUAUCGUGGACGGUUUGGAGAAAAAUGAUGUACCCGUUCUGGCUCACGGUGAUCGGAUACUCGGUAAUCAUGUUGAUCCUCGUGUAUACUUAUCAGUUCGACAAUUUCCCGGAGUAUUGGAACUAUCUACAUAUCGACGAAGACUUGCAAAUGGACAUCGGUUUAGAGAAAUACGCUACCAAGGAUCUAUUCGUCAGAUUGCUCACACCUACGUUCUUCGUCAUCAUCACCGUUCUUCAAAUUCAUUAUUUUCAUAACGAUUUCUUGGAAGUGACGAACAUCGAGAGACUCGGAAACGAGGCGAGUUCUUUCAUGCAGGCGAGCCUUGGUCAUUCUCCGACUGUGAUCGUGCCUCCGGCCACGCCAGGGGAAGUUUUCCUCGUCGAAGAGGAUCACGGGAAUAUGUACACGUUGAGACAAUUGAAACAAAUGUCGAAGCUGGAGCGAAUCGAGCUGUUCCGAAAAGCGAUGAAACAUCUGUUGAAUUUUUACAACUACGCCUGGCUGUUUUUGGAGAUCCAUAUGCAAAAGAUUAUUUUUACCUCCGUGAUGCUUCUCUGCGUCAACGACGUGUGCGCCAUUAAUUUCGUGUUCGUCCUGAUAGUCGUAAUAAUGAUCAAUGCAAGGCGAAACAUUCAAGUGUGCACGGUUAACGUGAUCGCCGCGAUAAUCGCUAUACUGAUGGUCGCGAAGAUGCUGUACCAGAUCCAAUACAUCGAUCAUAAUAACUGGAACGUUAAUUGCACAAGACAUAUCGACGAUCGUCCAUUCGCAAGCAACAAUACGGUGUACAACAUAGCCGAAUGGUUCGGUAUGAGAAAAGCAGAGUCAGGUCAGCUGGCGGUGCUGUUGAAAGGUUCCAUAGGAAUCAUUAUAGUGACCACGCUUAGAAAAGUGAUCAGAAUACGACAGUGUUUCCAUCGACAAGAGAAGGGCGAACCUUUGGAUACUCCGCAAGUUAUGUUCCCGUCGAUCACCAGAGCAGACGCCGACAAAGGCAUGCCGCAGUGUCUGAAAUUCCUCUUCAACUAUGGAUUUUACAAGUUCGGGGUCGAACUGUGCCUGAUAGGAAUCGUGGCGCUCAUCGGCACUCGACUCGAUUUUUACUCGGUCCUCUACGGCAUUUGGCUAUUACUCUUCUUCUCGCUGAAAAGGAGAACGAUUUGCAAGAUUUGGCCGUUCUUCAAGGUCUUCGCUAUCAUCCUGUUGCCCAUUCAGUAUUCUUUGGUCGUGGCGUUACCCUCUUGGCUUUGCAUAGACUAUCCGUGGAGCAAUUCUGAAAUACUUAGAAGGCUGCAAGAGUGGAUGUACUUCCCCGACCCUGAUUUUCCGCCGAAUCCCAGAAAAUUGAUGUGUGAUUUUAUUCUGCUCAUGAUGAUCGUGAGGCAAAGUCUGUUCUUCCGUGUCGAGCAACGGUGCGCCGCUUCCGGCAAAGAGUUUCCGGCCGGACACAAUUACUCCGUGUACCAGAACAUGGAGAAAGCAAAUUUCGUGAAUCCCGUGAACGAUUACGUGUCGCACAUUCACUCCUGGCUGGACAUUUUGAAACGCGGUGUAUUGAUGAGUCUUAUGUGGAUCACGUUAUCGAUCAUGUUCCUGGCUGGUACCAAGAGGACCAAUCUUUUCUCGUUGGGUUAUUUGAUCGGCGCCUUCGUAUUUCUCUGGCAGGGCAGCGAUUUUUACUUGAGACCGGUCAGGACGAUCUUAAAAUGGUGGAACUUGUUGAUCGGUUAUAACGUGAUCGUCAUUUUCUCGAAAGCUUUACUGCAGGGCGUUGGUUGCGUGUUGAUCAAACAGUUGGAAGUUUCAGCUUGCCCGGUGAUUCAACUAUUCGGUAUAACCUGCCUAAGAAAAUUCCAAAGUUCAGCGAGCGACAUUGUAUCCGGUAAGGUGGACUGUGAGGUACCUCGAGAGGACAUAGGCAUGGUCUGGGACGGGCUGUGCUUUUGCUUCUUGCUGCUGCAGAAACGACUGUUCAAGAGUUACUACUUCUUCCACAUCGUGGAUGAAACCAAAGCCAUGAGAGUGUUGGCGUCUCGUGGCGCCGAACUGCUCGAGGAACUGCACCAGAAACGCAUUCAGAUUCAAGAUAACGUCGAAAGGAACGUGUUACAAAAGCUGAAGUUCAAGAUGGACAAGAUCAAGGCCAGUCAGAGGAAGAUACAAGGGCCUAGUUACCGAGAACCACAGACCCACGCAGUCGAUACUCUCUAUCCAGGGGCACGGCCGUUGUACAGAGUUCGCGCGCCAAAGACCAACAGAGAGGCCAUUAGAUCGGGCGAUUAUUACAUGUUCGACGAUCUGGACGACGACGACGUCACCGAUUUGAUACCCGACACCGAGUCCGAGAAAGAGGAUCAUCGACGAAUUCACGAGCAGGAAGAACGCGGCAAAAGAAUGACAAUAUCCGAGUUGAUGAACACGCUGAUUAAGACAGACAUUGAGAUCGCGACGCACGUUGCCAUGUACGGAGGGACGGAAAAGGACGCGCUGAGACUUCGACGUCGGAGCGUGCCGUUGACGCGGAAGAAAUCGUCUAUGUCCUAUCUCAGUGCACGUUCCGAGACCGACACCGCGAUGGCCACCGACGGCGGCGAUAAGACUAGCCUCACGUCAGCAGACAUUGAAACUGAAGAGAAGGAUCCGUCGACGGCGGAUCCUGCUAAAACACCAGAACCGUCCAGCGACGAGCAAGGGGAAGACAAAACGACCGGAAAGGAGGAUAAAGAGCCCGAGGAGCAGACCGUGUCGGUCACCACGUAUUUCAAAUUCCUCUUGGUGAUGAUCAACAGUACCCUGACGUCGAUGACGAAGUAUCUGAACAGGUUCUCCCGGGAUUACAGAUACAUACGCAAAGUUUUGGCGAAAGAGAAGAAAUUGCUGAAGGCAAAACCAGACUUUCGAAUGGGAAUGCGAUUGGGGAUCAAUCAGAUGUGGCAGCCGAUACCGUUGAUAAAAAAGAGAUCGGAUACUAACGGAUACACCGAGGAAUCCUACGAUGCUGGCCAGGGCACCAGCCAAUCGGUACCACAGGUGGAAAGGAAAGGAAGCUCGCUGACGAUACCACACAUACGAAUUCUGGCGCCGAGUUUGGAGCGAGGAUUGGACAUGUCCUCCUCCAGCACGCUGUUCUCCGAUAUCUCUCCGGUACAACACGACGACGAACGCGCCGAAUUGUCCGAAGUCGACCAACCACCGAUCAUCCAACUACUAGCGUCCAUUUGGUUCGGUGUCUUGGCGCAUUCGAAUCUGCUCUGUUACUUCAUGGUAUUCCUUCAUCAAAUUAAAAAUGCAUCUGUUCUGUCCACGCCUUUGCCCCUCAUGGUGUUUUGCUGGGGUUCGCUGACUAUACCGCGACCCUCGAAGACGUUUUGGGUGACUUUGAUCGCUUACACCGAGGCGAUCGUUAUAGUAAAAUGCAUUUUCCAAUUGGAACUAUUGCCAUGGAAUCGGGACGCUGCGCCCAAUAAUCCUCUUUUCACGCCCAGAAUAAUGGGCGUCGAACGUAAACCUAACUACGCUCUGUGGGAUCUGUUAGUCCUUCUUAUGGUGUUUUUCCAUAGAUUUAUGCUCAAGUCUUUAGGACAGUGGACCACGCCAUCCCUCAAGCCAAGGAAAAUUAUUCCUUCGAAUUUGACUAUCGUGCGGUCCAAACCUCCGCCUCCGGAUAAAGGCCAAGGAGAGUCUGCACCCAGACAACACGAAACAGAAGAUGGUGUUCAAGUAAUAACGCCUAAAGGAAGAUCUCUAAAUAUUCAUCUGACUGGCGACGGCGAGACUGCGCAAAUAAUCGAUGAACACGAAAAACUCGUUGCAAUUCAGGGCGAGGAAUUGAGCCCUCAGACUGAAAAAUUCCAUAAAGCUAUGGAUAUGACCGUGAACAAGUACGUGCAACCGAUGAAGAACUUCUUUGUCCAAAUUGUAAAUCCCGUCGGUAAAGAGAGAACGAACGUGUACGCGUACAUGUUCCUUUGCGAUUUCUUCAAUUUCUUGCUCCUUAUUUUUGGAUUCUCCGCGUUCGGGACGCAACAGGGCGAUGGCGGCGUCACGGCUUAUUUGCAAGAAAAUCGAGUCCCGAUGCCGUUUCUGUUGAUGCUGUUGCUGCAAUUCGCGUUGAUAGUCAUCGACAGGGCCUUGUUCUUGAGAAAAUCGAUACUGGGUAAAUUAGUGUUUCAAUACUGUCUCAUAUUCGGCGUUCACGUCUGGAUGUUCUUCAUCUUGCCUAGCGUAACCGAAAGGCAAUUCAACGAGAGGCUUCCGCCACAGAUGUGGUACAUGAUGAAAUGUUUCUACCUCUUACUGGCAGCCUAUCAGUUGCGACAAGGCUAUCCGACACGCAUACUUGGUAACUUCCUGUGCAAGGAGUACAGCAUCGUCAACUACGUCUUGUUUAAAGGAUUCAUGUUGGUUCCUUUCCUUUUCGAGCUAAGAGCCGUAAUGGACUGGAUCUGGACCGAUACCUCCAUGACAAUAAUGGACUGGUUCAAAAUGGAAGAUAUUUUCGCCAGCAUCUAUCAGAUCAAGUGUAUGAGAGGCGUGGAGGCAGAUUUCCCUCAACCAAGAGGCGUGAAGAAGAAACAAAUGAGCAAAUACUUGGUAGGCGGCGGUGCUCUCUUCCUGAUGAUCGGACUGAUAUGGUUCCCUCUGCUCUUGUUCGCACUGGGCAGCACAGUUGGCGUCUCGAACUUACCCUACGACGUUUCGAUGAAAAUACGAAUCGGUCCGUACGAACCGAUUUAUUCCAUGUCUGCCCAAAGCAGCUCUAUCAUCGAGUACUCCGAGGCCGAAUACAACAGGUUUACGAAUUUGUACGCGAAAGACAGGUCUGCGGUUACGUUCCUCGAAAAUUAUGUGCACUCUGACGUCGCGGCCGUAAGAUUGAGCGGAUUCUCCAGAAAGUUGUGGAGCAUAUCUCCGCCGGACUUGCAAAGACUGAAAACAGAAUUAGAAGAUAAUAGUACCACCGUCAUCAUUCACGUGGAGUGGACAGUGUCUCGAAAGACGGACGCAAAGGACGCCAGUGGAAUAACGACGAAAUUGCGGGACAUACAAUUACCGCCAUACGUGGAAGGAGAGUUUAAUCCUGUGAGGAGGACAUUGGCUGAGAUGUUAUCGACCGACGAAUCGACGCCCAAUAACGGUACCAUUACGCUAGAAAAUGCUUUCCCGAAGUUUCUGAAAGUGACUGGUCGCACCACCGACGUCGUUCCACAGUUAAUGCGUCUGCGAAUGAGAACCGAGGAAGAAGUACCGGAAGAAGACGAUAAUUAUCUUUACAGGAGUAUCAAUCUGCACUUGUCUACAGACGCUGCCUGCUGUGCCCGCCAGAAAUGGUGGAUCGUUAGGGAAGUUUGCGACGAUGACUUGUUCAAUCAACGUUUGAAGAACGUGCCCUUGAAUAACUGCAAAUACAUCAUGAUGUUCUUGUUCAAUGAUAAAACAUUCCCCGAGGGAUUGAGCUUCAUUAGCGGUUUUGGAAUCUUAGGGUUGUACACUACCGCGGUGAUAGUUAUAAGCCAAAUGAUGAGGAAGGUGGUCAGUGAUAUGGCACCAAAGAUUAUGUUCGAUGACCUACCAUUCGUGGAUAGAAUCCUUCGACUGUGUUUGGACAUAUAUUUGGUCCGCGAAAGCGGGGAACUGUGUCUCGAAGAAGACUUGUUCGCUAAAUUAAUAUUCCUCUACAGAUCGCCGGAGACAUUGAUCAGAUGGACAAGACCACCCGAGGAGGGCGAACGAACUGAUAACGAAGACCAAGAUGACGCGGAGGACGAAGCGGAAGACGACGAUGAGGCAGAAAGGAGAGAGUCUCGAGAAAUUUCUCGCCAUGAAUAAACUUCCAAGUGAACGAACGACACCAACAGCAAUACCGUGCAAUUUUCAAGAUUGCAAAACUGAUGGAAAGACUUUGUUUUGCAAUGUCUCGCAUUUAAACGAGCUGUUCUUAUACGACGGCCGAUCUAUUUUGAGUGAAAGACUUUAUAAAAGAAAAUGUUGUGGCAGUUAUGAAAAUAAUUCGUUAUGUAAAGGAAGAAAAUUUUAUGACAAUAGUUUGCGCACUUGCCAGUAGUAACGUAAAAUGAUGGCUUGCAAACUUUUAGAAACUCAGGAAUUUAUUAACACCGUGUUUGUUGCUAGGGAAAUGAUUAGAGGGAUUGUUCCUAUCUUCAAAGAUGUAUACUAUAAAAGAAGAGAUGUAUAUAUACAAUAAUUGAUAAGUGGGCAAGUAGCAUGAUAAACGGAAGAUGAAGGAAAAUAGAAGAAAGGCUCUAAAUCAAAGUACGGAACGGUAAGGUUGAAAUUGUCACAAUAAUAAUUUAAUAAUAAAUGAAACAAAAAACGGCUUGAAAAAUUUUAAACAGAUACAGGAAUACAUUUUGGCAGAUUUGUUUCACGAUUCUGCUGUAAGGUUUUACUGAUUUUUAUUUUAACAUUUAUUGAUAAGGAAGUUGCUUAUACACUAUUUAUUAUAACUUAUGAGAAACAUUGUGAUCAUAACAUGUCCGUGACACAGUUAAAGAAUUUUGAAAUAAGUGCUUUAUACAUAUAUGUAAACAUCUACAAGUAUGUAUCGUACUAUACUAGCGAUAAAGCUUUAUUUUUACUUAUAAUUUAUUAGAAUUCAUGCUUUAAACUAAAACUUGUAUGCAUUUAUAAUAUAAUGCAUUUAAGAUUGCAUCUAUUUAAAUAAGAACGUAAACGAUAACCUCUAACGGAUUAACGGUAAAUCUCCGAAACUGCCGUCAGCACGAUCUUUUGUUCCCUUUUAUACGUUUUCUAAUCAUCAGUUCAUCUUCUAGCUACCAAUCAUGUAUAGUCUGGCCAUUUUGCCAAGUCUCGCGCAAGUUUUGUAUGUCAAUCAUAUUUAACAGAUCAUAUUUAAUGUCAUGAAAAAAUCAUUAUUUGUAAAUAUAUAUUUUGUGAUGUCAGAACAUUGUAUCUUGUCGCCUUGAUAUGUCUUUUAAGAAUACCAAUAAAUAUAAAUUGUUCUAAAUGAAUAUUAUUGAC